AUGCUUUCCGUCGCGCUGCGCAAGGCCAGCCAACCGUGCCGAGUGCCCGCCGCCGCCGCCGCCGCCGCCGCAGGAGCCGCAGGAGCCGCAGCUGUCCCCCGGCUCCCGCCGCGCAGGCAGCCGCCGCCGCAGCAGUCCCGGAGGGCUACCAACGGCGCUUGGCGCCCCGUCUCCGUUCUAGAUGAAUGGGUCGCGAGGGAAGCCAGGCCCAUCAGCCUGCGGCAGCUCAUGGUCUUUGGCCGCUCGUUGACAGAGUCACGACUCAUCAGCUCCGCAAACUACGUCCGAACAGAACUCCCGGCGAGGAUAGCUCAUCGUCUGCGCGACAUGCAGCAGCUGCCGUAUGUUGUUGUCACCAAUCCGCAUAUCCAGCAAGUAUACGACCUGUACUACAAUGCGUUUGAUCAGUUCCGCAAAAUGAAGGAGAUCAAGACGCUGGACGACAACGAGAAUCUGUCCCGCAUCAUCAGACACAACCUGAAGGGCCACUUGACCGUGAUACCAAAGCUAGCCAUGGGCAUCCUCGAAUGCCGUGGCCUCAUGGAUCCCGUCCAUCUCGACAAUUUCAUGAACACCAUUCUCAGAUCUCGAAUCUCGCGCCGCGUCAUCGCCGAACAGCAUCUCUCCCUCACCGAAACCUUCAACUCGCCCUCCUUCUCCCCCGGCGCUAAUCUCUCCGAGGCCGACUUCAUCGGCGAGGUCUUCAUCAAGUGCUCCGCCAAGGACGUCAUCUCGAGAUGCGCAAAGGCCGUCACCGCCCUCGCCCGCUCCACCAACGGCCCCGACGUCCCCAUCCCCGCCGUCAACGUCGUCGGCCACCUGGACGCCAGCUUCCCCUACAUCCUCAGCCACAUCGAGUACAUCGUCGGCGAGCUCCUGCGCAACUCCGUCCAGGCCGUCAUCGACCGCCACCAGAAGCUAGGCGCCGCCGAGCCCCCUCCCCCCGUCGAGGUCACCAUCUGCGAGGCCCAGGACCACGUCAUCUUCCGCAUAUCCGACCGCGGCGGCGGCAUCCCCCGCGCCGAGCUCCCCUACCUGUGGUCCUUUUCCAAGGGCCCCAACUCGCAGCACCGGCUGGAAAACCUCGGCCAGGUGCCCCGCAUGGCCGCCACCAUGCAGGAGCUGCACGUCGAGGACGAGCUGGGCCGCGCCGACCUCAAGACGCCCGCCUACCAGAGCUCCCUCUCCUCCCUGACCAGCAGGCCCCCCAACCUGAGAUUGGGCAUGGGUCUGCCCCUCAGCAGAGUGUACGCAGAGUACUGGGCCGGCAACUUGAACCUCCACAGCCUGGAAGGAUACGGCGUCGAUGCCUUUCUGCAAAUCUCGCGGCUGGGCAACAAAAACGAGCAGCUAGUUACGAGGGCGAGCAUGGACUCUGUUUAA